UAUAUGAAAGGUACCAUGUGUCUCCUUGCAGUAACAGCAUGUAACAGCGUCAGCAGCUUGGAAUGUGAAUUGCAGCUGACGGAUUCUCUUUAAAAGCAAUUUAACCACUUAAUAUGCUAAAAAAUCUGUAUACAGUGUCUGGUAAUUUAGGACUGAAACAAUCUGGUUCUUAAGGGGUUACGUUCAGAAGGACAUAUAGCCUGGAAGAAGACAGCCUCACGUCUGGAAGCUCCAGUGAGACAGAGACUGAUAAGAAAAUGUUGCACCAGAAAUCUAAUCACCAUGAUGCCCAGACGCUGGGAAUUGGCAAAGCUAUUGCUGUUCUUACAUCAGGAGGAGACGCUCAAGGAAUGAAUGCAGCUGUACGAGCGGUGGUGAGAGUGGGAAUUUACACUGGUGCCAAAGUCUUCUUUGUACAUGAGGGUUACCAAGGACUGGUUGAUGGGGGUGAAAACAUUCGAGAAGCCACUUGGGAAAGUGUCUCAAUGAUGUUGCAGUUGGGUGGUACAGUAAUAGGAAGUGCUCGGUGUCAAGAUUUCAGAGGUCGAGAUGGCCGCCUUAAAGCAGCAUUUAACCUAAUUAAAAACGGAAUUACUAACCUUUGUGUCAUUGGUGGAGAUGGCAGCUUGACCGGAGCAGAUACUUUCAGAGCCGAGUGGAGCGGUCUGCUUGCUGACCUAGUUAAAGCAGGGAAAAUUUCUUCUGAUGAAGCCAAAAAUUCAAGUUUCCUAAAUAUUGUUGGACUGGUGGGUUCCAUCGAUAAUGACUUCUGUGGAACAGAUAUGACAAUUGGGACUGAUUCUGCUCUACACAGAAUCAUGGAGAUAGUGGAUGCCAUUACUACAACAGCACAGAGUCACCAAAGGACCUUUGUCCUAGAAGUGAUGGGCCGACACUGCGGCUACUUGGCCCUGGUAACUGCACUUGCAUGUGGAGCCGACUGGGUUUUUAUUCCAGAAUCCCCACCGGAAGAUAACUGGGAAGAACAUCUUUGCAGAAGACUGAGUGAGACUAGAUGCCGUGGAUCAAGGCUGAAUAUUAUAAUUGUUGCUGAAGGAGCAAUUGAUGUAAAUGGCAAACCUAUCACAUCAGAGGAUGUUAAGAAUCUAGUUGUAAAGCGGCUUGGCUAUGACACGAGAGUCACUGUCCUUGGACAUGUCCAGCGUGGUGGAACACCCUCAGCUUUUGAUAGAAUUUUGGGAAGUCGAAUGGGUGUUGAAGCUGUCAUGGCCUUGUUGGAGGGGACACCAGAAACACCAGCUUGUGUGGUCAGUCUGUCUGGGAAUCAAGCAAUCCGUCUGCCAUUAAUGGAAUGUGUACAAGUGACCAAGGACGUGACACAAGCUAUGAAUGAGAAGAGAUUUAAUGAAGCCAUAAAACUUAGAGGAAGGAGUUUUGAAAACAACUGGAAUGUCUAUAGGACCCUGGCUCACAUAAGACCACCAUCUACUAAGAGUGGAUAUAACAUGGCCGUGCUGAAUGUUGGAGCCCCUGCAGCUGGCAUGAAUGCUGCCGUGAGAUCCGCUGUCAGGAUUGGCAUUAUCCAAGGGCACAGAAUGUUUGCUGUCCAUGACGGAUUUGAGGGCCUUGCUAAAGGACAGAUUGAAGAAAUUGGAUGGGGAGGUGUUGGUGGAUGGACUGGACAAGGAGGUUCACGUCUUGGUACUAAAAGAGUGCUGCCCAAGAAGUACCUUGAAGAAAUUAGUAGAAACAUAAGUAGCUUCAACAUACAUGGACUGAUCAUUAUUGGGGGUUUUGAGGCUUUCACAGGCAGCCUGGAGCUGAUGGAAGGACGUUCCAAGUUUGAAGAGCUGUGUAUACCACUUGUUGUUAUCCCGGCUACUGUUUCAAACAAUGUUCCUGGAUCAGACUUUAGCAUUGGGGCCGAUACAGCCCUUAACACAAUUACUACAACAUGUGAUCGGAUCAAGCAGUCAGCUGCUGGGACAAAGAGGAGAGUAUUCAUCAUUGAGACUAUGGGAGGAUACUGUGGAUAUUUAGCUACCAUGGCAGGCUUUGCUGCAGGUGCAGAUGCUGCUUAUAUCUAUGAGGAGCCAUUCUCUAUACGUGAUUUACAGAUAAAUGUUGAACAUUUGACAGAAAAGAUGAAGACUACAGUGAAACGAGGUUUAAUUUUAAGGAAUGAAAAGUGUAAUGAAAAUUACACCACAGAUUUUAUAUUUAAUUUGUAUUCCGAGGAAGGAAAAGGCAUCUUUGACAGUAGGAAAAAUGUUCUGGGUCACAUGCAACAGGGUGGCACCCCUACACCAUUUGAUAGGAACUUUGGCACAAAAAUGGGUGCAAAAGCUGUACUGUGGAUGACUGGAAAAGUGAAGGAGUGCUCCAGACAUGGUCGUAUAUUUGCCAAUACUGCUGAAUCAGCCUGCUUGCUGGGUAUGCGUAAGAGAAGUCUCGUGUUCCAGCCACUGGUGGAACUAAAGGAAGAAACUGAUUUUGAACACCGUCUUCCCAAGCAGCAGUGGUGGUUAAAACUUCGCCCCAUCCUCAAGAUCCUGGCCAAAUACAACAUCAGCCUAGACACCUCUGAAUCUGCACAUUUGGAACACAUCACAAGGAAGAGAUCUGGGGAAUCGCAUUUCUAGUUUGACAGAAGAUGCAUGUACACGACAGAGGUCCUUACAUCCUAUGGAAUACAGCCAGGAAUUAAAGUGUACCUGUUACCUGUACAUGGUGGAGACAAGUUAUGGUCCCAACUAUGCGGUUACAAAGGCUUGUCUAUUCCAGACACCUAUUUCACUGGGCUGCAACCAUAAGAUAGGAAGCUAUCUACUCAUAUUAAACAUGAAUCAGUCUUAAACUGGCCAUUAAGAUAGUGGUGGCCAAAUAACUGUUCAAAAGACAGCUACACCUACAUUCUUAUCUUAUUUCUAAGGCUGGAAAGAAUUAUUCAUGCUAAGCCCAUAUACAUCUGAUUUUCUGCAGAAUUAUGCUACGUUCCUAGUCCUCAUUACUUUCCCUUUUUAAUGCAGAUUAUUUUUCCAUUUGACAGUGACCACCUCCAAUGUGUAUAGGUGAUGGGUACACUUUUUAAUGGCGAUCCUCAUGUAUUUAAUGUUAUAUUCAUCAUAUUUAUAGUAUUUUUGUUCUUAGCAUGAAAAUGCAUCUUCUCUGUAGAGCAGUGGUCUUCAACCUGCGGACCUCCAGAUGUUGCAAAAUUACAAAUCCCAGCAUGCCCGGACAGCCAACGGCUGUCCGGGCAUGCUGGGAGUUGUAGUUUUGCAACAUCUGGAGGUCCGUAGGUUGGAAACCACUGCUGUAGAGCGUUUAUAGGAAAAAUUUCCCCAUAAGACUUAAAAGCACACAAAAGUUCACUUUUACUGUCAAAGUUGUUGUGGGUUAUGGCACAUCACACACAAAUAACAUGCUGUGUCCAUUGGUAGAUUCAGAUCAUGUUAAUGCAAAUGAAAUAAAAUAUAACUGAGCAGCUUUGAUCUGUCACCAUUAACCCAUUGUAUACUAAAUUAAUGUAGUAACAAAGUUGUUAUAUACAAUUUUCCCAGUCAGUUGUCGGGGGGGAAUUAUAAAUAAUGAGUGCAAUACUUGUUUAGUAUGAAUAAAUCUAAGACAAAAAAAGAAGAGAACUGAAGUGGCUAUUUAUUACAGGUAACUAUUUUACAAAUGAAUUUAAGGGGUAUUCCAGGAUAUUUUUUUAUUUGACUAUGCUACAGGGGCUGUGAAGUUAGUGUAGUUCAUAAUAUAGUGUCUGUACCUGUGUGUGACGGUUUUCUCACAAUUCUUCAGUGAUUUUCGCCCCAAUAUUAAUUUUUACCAGCAUACAAAAUGACUGUUGUCUCAGAUUUUUCCCAGCUUGCAAUGCGGCCGAGACCUGACUCACUAGUCAGCUGAUGACAGGGAGCCUGUCUGCUUCAAUGGGUGGAGGGAUCACUUGGUGGGAGAGGAAUCAAUCUGUAACAGCUGUAGGCACCCUGAUUGAAAACCACACUUAUUUGAAUGGAUGCAGCUCAUUUAUGUUUCAAUAGGUUAGGUGACUGAUGUGUGGGAGGGAGGAAUAUGGAAUUGUGGGAUUUGUAGUCAAAAAAAGAAAAGUCAAACAGGAAAUAUCAGUUCACAAACAGCUAGCCACAGUGUUAUGUUAAUCUCAUGACAUAGCCAUUUAGCCCCAAGACAAGCGCAGAUCCUUCCUAAGCAUGUCCAUUACUGUCUGCCAGGUACAUACUAAAAUCACCUUAUGGUGGAUAACACCUGUAAAUCCUGUACAUGGCUGCACUUGUAUGUCAGAUCUACACCAUGACCUACUAUAAGGCAGUGUUUCCCAACCAGGGUGCCUCCAGCUGUUGCAAAACUACAACUCCCAGCAUGCCUGGACAGCCUUGGGCUAAACUGUAAUAUAAAAUUAACCUCAACCUUCUUUUGAGUCUAAUGAGUUCCCCUGGGUGACCUCCAGCAGUAGCAGCUUAGACCAGCUGGAGUGAUCAAACACCUUAUGCUCAGCCAGAGGAUUAAUUGGAAAUGUAGGCCGCAUUACAGAACCCACAGGAUUGUGCAAUUGCAAACCAAAAUGGAGCUUCAUGCCUUCCCCCAUCAGCAAAAAGAGGUAAAAAAACAA